GUAGUUUCAUUUUGGCAGCUGAGGCGUAAAAACGUGACGUUGCAGGAUAAACAAACAGGAGGAGGCGAGGCAGCUCCUGUCUUCAGCCUGUGUCUGAGCGUUUCCGUUCAUGUUUUUUUAAAUAAUAAAAAUGCAGUCUUCCAAGAGGAGUGAGAGUGACUGGCAGGGACUAGUCAGCGAGUUCCUGGUGUGUAAGCGCAAGCUGGAGAGCAAGAAGGAGGCACUGUUCAUUUUGUCCAAAGAGCUGGAUACCUGUCAGCAGGAGAGAGACCAGUACCGGCUGAUGGCCAAUCAGCUGCGUGAGCGCCAUCAGGAACUGAAGAAGAAAUACGGAGAGCUCAUCGAUGGCGACUCCUCUUUGCCACCGGAAAAACGCAAUCAAGUGAACUUGGGUCAGCUUUUACGGGACUCCAGAGGGCGAGUGAAACAGCUGACCGGGGAGGUGAAGGACCUCACUCAGAGGCUCGACGAGACUCAGGGCGAUAACAAGCUGCUGAGGAUGACUAUUUCUCGACAGAGGCUGGGGGAUGAAGAGGUGGGAGUUCGUCACUUUCCCGCCCAUGAGCGAGAGGAUUUGGUUUCCCAGUUAGAGAGAGCGGGGCGCCAGAUGGAAGAGAUGGAGCACACAAUAAAAUCUCUGACGGAUGAGCUGCAGGACGUGAAGGCCGAACGCGGCGUGUUCAGGGAGAAGGCUGACCGGCUGAAUGUUGAGCUAAACCACAUUUUGGGAAACCAUGAGUCACGGAUCAUUGAUGUGGAUGCACUAUGCAUGGAAAACAGGUAUUUGCACGAUCGUCUCACACAGCUACAGGAGGAGGUGAGCCUGCUCAAAUCAAACAUCAUGAAAUACAAGACAGCCCUGGAGAGGAGGAAAAACUCCAGCACAUACGGAAAAUCACAAAAGAGUUCUCUAACUGGAGUUCUGUCAGCCAAACAAGUCCAGGAGAUGCUUCUGGAGGAGCAGGGCUGCAGCUUACCCGCCACUCCUCAGUCCAUCUGUGACCUUAAGUCGCUGGCCACUGCUCUGCUGGAGACCAUUCAUGAGAAGAACCUUGUCAUCCAGCACCAGAGGCACACCAACAGGAUUCUGGGAAACAGAGUUGCAGAUUUGGAAAGGAAGCUGAAAACCUUGGAGGUCUCAGGAUUAUGGAGUCUACCAGGCCUGACCUACCGCGUAUCCGUGGGAAUUGGGAGGACACUGGACAAUAUCACACUUAGCGAAAACCUUCCACCAGAGCUUCAUCCGACCCGAGGCACUUCUUUACUGCUCAAAGAUGACAGAAGUCCGCAUGAAUCAUCCUGGGUACACUGCACCGCUGGCAGUAACCUUGGCACAGAUGGCGUCAGCAGGGGAGACGCACCUGCACUGCUCAGCAGCUUGGAUCCUCUGGAGGGCGAACUACAGAUGAAUGGGAUUGACAGAAGAGGGGGAGAAAUCGUGACCCUGGUGAACGAUCCAGAGCUGGAGGAUGGACGCAGUCCAGUGGAGGAGGCGGGCCGGGAGGUGGAAGAUGUUGAGGAUGUAGAGCUGGGGUCUAAUGUGGAGGAAGGAGAGGAAGCGGCUGUGGCGCUGGAUGUUCGUCCUACUGAGUCACCGCUCCACUGGAUAGCAGUUGGACAAUCUUCUCUCUGUCAUUCAGAUGUGAGCCAGGACGGCGAGUGGAAUGGUGGACACGACGAAGGCUCCACAUCAGUUCCAGUGAUCCAAACUACAGAUGGGUCAAAUGAAACCGACUGGGACUUGAACUCAACGCAACAUAAAGCCUCACGGAGUCCUAACUUGGCAUGAUCUGAUGUCACAUGAAUCUAAAAAGUUCUGAAUCCUUGUUGCUGUUGAUUAACUCACUGGGCAGCUCAGUUUGAUCAAUAAAAUGGGAACGCACUUGUUAAAACCAGAAGUGAAGACUAUUUAGCUUGAUUUGUUGCACUAAACAGAAAACCUUCAAACCAACAGAGCUCUAAACUCCACGUCCGAAUCAUCAGUCAUAAAUAAAUAAAUGGGAAAACAACAAAUGUGGCAUAAUCAGCUGCUGGGUCCCAUGCUUCCCUUUGUGAAAAGAUAAUCCCAAAUGUUUGUUUUUCUUGAUGCCAAUAAACUUGAUGCUGCAUUUUGGUGUAACUUCCACAAGAGUUCCAAAUCAACUGAAUGUCGUACAUAUUUUUCAAUUUAUAAUGUCACCAUGUCUAAUAAUGUAUGUUUCUGCUAUGGAGUAAAUUCUUACAAUAUUUUUCCUCUAAAACUUAAUAUUUUGAUGUAAAUAAUACAUGUGCCUUAUGCUGUAUGUCAGACUGAAUUCUGUUAACAUAAAUGUAUAAAGCAAAACUGAAAAAUU